AUCUAUUGGCUGCCAUAUUGGCGUUUCAUUGUUGUUGACAGAGGACGGGUUGACUGGCUGAAAAUGUCUACAUUAUCAGAGAGGGAGAAAAACAAGCUCGUUCAAGAAAAAUGCCAAAGCAUCCUCUCAGAUUUACUAAAAGACGAAGAUAACAAAUACUGCGUGGACUGCGAUGCCAAAAGUCCAAGAUGGGCAUCGUGGAACCUUGGUAUUUUCUUAUGUAUACGAUGCGCUGGAAUCCACCGUAACUUAGGCGUGCAUAUAUCUCGAGUAAAGAGUGUCAACCUUGAUACCUGGACACCACAACAGGUUGCAUGUAUCCAGCAAAUGGGAAACAGUCGAGCUCGUGCCGUAUAUGAAGCCAACAUUCCAGAUAGUUUUCGGCGUCCCCAAAUGGAUUCUGCAUUGGAACAGUUUGUGAGAGCAAAAUAUGAGGCUAAAAAAUAUAUUGCACGUGAAUGGGUUCCUCCCGCAAUGCCAAAUCCAACUUGGGACUUGGAAUUGGAAAAACAGUUAAGAAAAAAGAAAAGGGAAAAGGCCAGCGGGGCAGUGGAGUUGCCUGCACCUAUCAGUGGCCGCAGCAGCACAAGAGGAUCUAGUGUGUCCCCUAAACCUUUACCAAAAGCUCCAGGGAGCAAAAGUUCAUCCCCUUCCCCAGUUACCUCAGUAAAGAGUGCCACCACAUCUGCCAAGUCUGCCACAACCACCACCACUACUACCACCACCACUGCCACUAGUGCAACACAAGACCUUUUGGGACUUGAUGCCCUGUCAUCAAAUGGCAUGAAUGCUGACAAUGCUGAUCCAUUUGGCGAAUUCCUGGCAGCACCCGCUAGUCAGGCCAGUGCCACUACGGGAAUACCCAGUAUAGCUGCUUCUAUUCCUCCCAUCACAAGUGACUCGACAAAGGCAGAUGAAGAAAAUUUCUUCAACCAAAAAUUACCAGAGGGUGGGUCGGAUAAAUUGACCAAAGACUCCAUUCUGGCUUUAUAUGGCCAAAGUCCUGCACAGCCUCAGCCAACAACCAUGUAUGGUGUUCCUAGCAGUGUAUAUAUGGGAGGGCCAACACCUAGCCAACCUAUGGUGACAGCCCCACAUGGAAUGCAAAAUGGAGGCAUUUUGCCACAACCACAACAGAAUGUGAUGUUUAUGGCUCAGGCUGGCAUUCCUUCAGGAGCAGGAGUUCCUAAUCCCUUCUUUGCCAAUGGGAUGCCCCAGGGUCUGCCCACAUCUAUACAGCUUUCUGCAGCUAACCCAUUUGCUCAGAUGCAGUCCCAAAUGGCAGGUCUCAACAUAGGUGGCCAGCCUCCAGUAAUGGGACAGGUGCAAAACUUAGGAGUGACAACAAUGGUGGGAGGGAUGAGCGUUGGCAGCAUCCCUACCGUUCCCAUCGGUGGCAGCAUGCAACAGCUGAUGCCUGGUGCAGUCAGCGGUGGCACCCUUGGGACCGGUAACACCACACUAGCCACUAAACUGUGGCAAUAACUGUAAUGUUACUUAGGAAAGUGUCUUGAUCACCUUAGCCUAAUGUUGUGGUGCUACACUUGAAUUUUUGUUGUUGGUUAGGCAUUGUAGCAGGUGAGUGAUAGGCAGAGUUGGGACCAGAAAGGGUUAUAGAUUAGUGCAGUGCCAGUCAACCCCACCAGAAUUAAGCUGCAGCAUUCUAAUAUUUGAUGCAUGUUGGGUGAGUGGUGCUGUUCUGUAUGGUAACUAAUUCACUUUGAGUUUUGUUACCAUUUAUGUUAAGUCUCCCAAAACAGAAUCUUGUAGUCUCCUUCCCUUUUAUCCAUUUUGAUAAGGUUCACUUGCACACUGUGACCCAUUGGUAAGAUAGAGUAUUACACAGAAUAGUGUGAUUUCACACUAGAAAGAGAGUAUGUUAGUUUGUUGCUAAUAAAUCUUUUGCAAUGUAUUUGAAUGGGGGAUCUUUUUUUUUUAUAUAAUGUUUGUGUUGCUGAUGGGAGGAUUAUAUGAAUCGUGUGUAUAUGCAAGCUGGCCAGUCUAAUGUCUAAUUCAGUAUUUAGAAUUGUAUAAUUUAAUACAAAAUCAGAGUUUGUCACCAGUUAAUAUAUUGUCCAUAAUUUAUUUUUCAACUAUGUUAAUAUCUUUUUAAGAGACUGAAAUAGGGAGACAGAAUAUUCAUAUUUUCCCAUCUUUGUUGUAAUAUUGUGCAUCUGCAGGUCUUCAGUUCAGUCUGAAGACCUGCACAGAAACACACUUCAUCCUGCUAAAUAAAAUUAAUUGAAAGUGAUAAUUCAAAAUGGAUAAAAGGAUGAAGCAUUAUAUAUCACAAAUAUUUUCAAGGAUGCUUGGAUCAAGUCAUCUCUCUGGAUAUUCCCUAUAGAUUAUGAAGCCUUAAGGAGGAAUUAGAUGAGAGGGACAUUUUGUAUUGUUAACAGUAUUUCAUGAUUAGAAUUCACUUUUUCUCCCACAUACAAUAUGUUAAGGAAAUUCACUCCAUGCAUUCUCCAUGCUCCCUCCAAAUAGUGGAUUAUAACAGGGUAUUAUAUAUUUUGUCCCUUAUGUUUCCACUCGGGAUUCACAGUUGAUUGUUCGUACGGUUUUGUUGGUGCAAUGAAAGUUGGUAUCAUUGUUUUGUUUCGUGUAUACUUGUUUUUAGCUUAGUUACUUUGUUGUUCUCCAGAUACAAAAGGUCUCUCGGUUUGUCAGAUGUAUAUUCUUAGCUUGAUUUUUGCCCAGUGAUAUGUUUGAGACUGGACACUUGUAAAUACCUGUAUUGUAAUAGCAAUAAGCAUAUGAAACUUGUGGAAAGUAUAGGGAAAGUGUGGUUCUUAGUUCACUAAGCAAUAUAUGAAGUUCAGCCAUUAUUAUUUUUAGCUGUAAAAUAUCAUUACCUGCAUGCAUAAAAUAUAUAAUAUAUAAACAUUGUACAGUAUAUAUUUUGUGUAUUUCAUUGUGCUUUAGAGAGCAUGGAAAAUUGUAUGAAAAUUCACGGGUUGCAUAGAUGUGUUGGCAGAUAGGUAAAUUAUUUUGUAUCGCAGUGUGCCUGGCGGUAUAGUUUGGAAAGUGCAUGGAUCUUGCAUAUAAUGCUUCAAUGUGUAAUGUUUCCAGAUCUGUUUAAUUGCAUGGGUAUUUUGAAUAAUAUUUUGCACCCAUUCCUGCAGUUCUAUUAAAAUAUAAAUCUCUGGUACAAAAGAAUUGAAGUAAAUUCUAGUCAUGUGAUAAAAAGUCAUGAGUUGAACUGAUAGAAGAUUAAUUUAAAUGUUAAAAGACAAAAAUGAUAGUUUAAGCACUAACUCAAAUCGGGUUGUAAGGUUCACACUGUAGAUUGGAGUAUAGAAUAUUAUUAAUGUUUGAACUUUUACCCAGAUUGCUCAUAUAUUUGUUUAGUAAAUUGAUUAACAUUAUAAAAAUACUCAAAAAGUCUUUUCUUGAAACUGAGCAUUUGUAAACACAUUACUCAUGUAUACGCUCUGAUUAAAGCUCGUUGCAACUCACCAAUUGAUCGUCACUUUAACCAAUAUUUUUGGCGCUUGCUCUUUCUUAUAUUUCCAUUCUUUCACAUUUACAAGGAAAGUUGACUAACAUUUUAGUGGAACAGCAGAGACACUUAAGCAUUUUGGUACCUUUAUACAAGUAUUUAUACAUUAUGUAUGCAUAUGUAUGGUAUAUCAGGGCUCAAAAUUUUUAUGUAUGCAUAUGUAUAUUAAAGCUUGACUUUUUUUUUUAUGGUGAACUUUUUACUCACAUGAAACUUUUUACCAUGUCUUUACUUAUUUUUUUUUGCCAUAUUCAAUAAAAAUUUAGAUGCAAAACAAAUAUUGUUACCUUUGUGUAUUAUUUACUUGUUCUGUAUCUGUCUUUUCUGAAAAGACCCCUCAGUAGCUCCCUGAGCUAACUCACAGCAAGCAGAGGAAGCUGGAAUUUACAAAAAAUGCAGCUAGAGCUUUCGUGUAGGAGAAGACAAAGGCAUGGGGUUGAAGGGUGCCAGAUGCUUUUUUUUUCUUCUUCUUCUUCUUCUAGGGAUAUUCAAGCACGGGCCCUAAGCCUCUGGCUGGCCCACUAAAUGUUGAUUGUUUCUGUUUUACUUAGGCUGAGUAUGAGUAUUUAUAACUCAUAUGGUUGCUUCAGUAAGAUUUUGCUCCAUGUGUUUAACAACUACUGCUCUGUUGAAUUUAAGUUGAAAUCUUAAUGGGUUUGUAACUCUGCACUGUGUAUGCUGAACGGCAACAAAAAUGCAGCAAAGUGGAGGGACACUCCAGAUGUGGUUGUGGCUCCCUAUAGAUGAGGGUAGGAUUAGGAACUCCAGUACAUUUCCCUAAGGCUUGGCUGGAUCAGCAUUUAGCUCAGAAAGCUACUAAAGGCCCCUCCAGAAAUUUGCUUCAUUACAAUAGGUGGUCGAUUUUUAGAUUAAUAUUAGCAAGAAAAUGCAUUGAAUGAUAAGUCAGUUCCAAAGCAAGCUUCAAAAGCUUUAAUCCUUAAUAGCAUUUAUCCCUAGAUAAACUUGGUUCAGUGAAUUAAAUGUUAUUUGUAAAAUGGCAAAACCUAGGAGCUCAAGAUGUGUUGUGCAAAGCAUUUUUUAUAAAUUUGUACCAGCUAUUACCAACAGUAAAUAAUACAAUAACAAUAAUACUUAGGUUUGCGCACACAAUUUACAUAGACUGAUUUUGAAACUUUAAUAUUUUCUCGUAUGUCAUUCAAUGUGUAACUAAAUUUCAAAUUUGGCCAGUCAUGUGAAUAUAAAAUGGAAGCUAGCUUGAUCUUGCAGUGUCAUGUCACUGUAAAUAUUGCAGAAGUGUAUGAGUGGAUUUGUCAAGCCUUUGUGUGUGUGUGUGUGUUUGUAUUUGUGCUAUAUACUGUACUUUAUAUAAUUUGUAAAUAUAUAUAUAUUAUAUAUAAUAUAUAUUUUAUAUAAUAUAUAUAUAUGUAAUAUAUAAUAUAUAUAUAUGUAAUAUAUAUUAUUUAUAGUAUAUAUUUAAAUAUAAAUAUUGAGAGCAAAUCUAGUUUAAACUAUCUGUUAACAAUGUAAACUAUAAAUCUACUAGUGGCUUUGUGAUAGAAAUUUAAUUUUGUUAAUUUCUCUGAACUUGACAUUGUUUAUGCUUUCCCUAGUUUUUCUUCGCUUCCUGAACUCCCAUUUUUAAUUUAUUCUAUUUUCUUUAUACUGUGUAUAUGAACAAAGUUACUAUAAAUAAUUGCCGACAUACUUAAUGACCCUUAAAUGAUAAAUAUUUAUACUAAAAUGAAUUUUUUGAGGUUAACAAGAUCGUUACUGGUAUAGCUCAUAUUCAUUAAACCAUUGCUUCAGUAGGUGGAUAAAAAAUGGCUUCAAAUUUUAUCUGCAUGGGGAGAAAUUUUCCACUACAUUACCUGAAUUUUAAAAACUUGGUAGUUUGCUGUAGUAUAUAAUGCACUAUAAAUUAACCCAUUUUAGAUUUUCAUAAUAUUACAAAUAUAAAUUUUAAUCAUUACACGUUUUAUAGCAGUGGAAAUAGCGGUAGUUAACAAAAAUGUUGGGCAGAAAAAUUAUUAAGGCUACCAAGAAAAUCUAUAAUGGAUCAGUGAAUGCUCCAUUGCUCCAUUUCAGACUUCAGCACUAAGGCCUUGUUCCAGUAUUUUCCUUACAAAGAUUUAAUUUUUUGGAGAGUGAUCUAAAUAUUUUCUUGGUAUUGUGCUCCAAAAAAGUUGGUUAGCGAGUUCAGUUAUUUCCGGAAGUGAAGCAGCAUUAGCUGUGAGACUAAACAAUUGAACUACAGUACAUUCCUUGAGGGUCAUGUAAAUUUUAAUAAUGCCUAACGAUGUGAUGAUAAAUAUAUCGUGUGGAAGAAGGCAACUGGUUACUUCAACACCUGUGCUUCGUCUGGCAAGCUUGGCUAAUACCUUUCGCCUAUUGCAUAAUUUUCCCGCGUUGCAGUCCUUUUGCAUUCUUGCUUAUUUCUCCGCUGAACUUUUCUGCAUGAAGUACAAGCCGUACUUAAUAAGGUUACAGUAUGUGAGAAGAAUCAGUUGGUGGAUCUUUAAUGUUACAUUAAAGUAAACUCAGUGUUUUGCUGCCAUGAAAGUAAUAUGUAUUUCCAAACAAAUCUUAAUUUAAAAAAUCUUAUUCUCCUUACUUCCUGUAUCAAAAGUACAUAUAAUUUUUAACAUCAGUAGUGUUAAAAUACACUGAGCUGUUUGAAACAUUCAUUAUCAUUUCUAAUUAGGUUCAAUUUAUUAAUAGACUAUUACCUGCCAUGGUGUGAAGGUUAAUUUAAAUAAAAUUGAUAGGAAAUGUAAUUAGAUUUUAUUCGUACAAUAUACUGUAUUGUACAAGGUUGAGAACUCUGUGUUCAUUGUUAUAUUUUUGGAUAAUUCAAGGAAUAAACCAUUUGGUACUUCUCUAGUAUUCUAUUAAUAUGUCUUUAGUUCAUGAACAUUUUGCAUUAUUGUUUAGUUAUUAUUUUCAAGAAUAUUGCUAAAUACUGUAAGACUUUUGCUCCACUAGGAAGUGUUCCAUUAAUUGCUCUGUUUCUUGUGCAUUUUUUCAUGAGCUGUUAAAAAUCACUGAUCUUCAUAUUUGCUAUAACAGAAAACUUAUUUUAUACCAAAGAUUUCACAAGGUGAAUAAUAAACUGUAAAGAGCA